UCGUGUUCAACAUGUCGUCGAAGAAAAAUAAAAGCAGAUCGAAAAGAGCGGACGAGGGGGGCGCUCCAAGCGGGUUAGACGACGGGUGGAGCGGUUCCGCCACCGACGGAGGAAACCCGAAGAGUCCCAACUCGUUCUCUGUCAUCGAUUUCAUUGAGAAAGCUGACGACAGAACGCCCUGGAGAAGCAGAUCGUCUCUCGCCCAGAUGAGCCUCAAGUCGAUGAAGGCAGCCAACUUGUGCAUAGGGCGGCCGGUCCUCUUGACGAGCACCACAGGACGGCAACAAGUGUGUUUAGCCUGGCCUGUCGCCUCCUUCCCAGGGGCGAAAGUCGGCCUUCAGAAACCUGUUCUGAGCAACCUGAGGGUGAAGACGGGGCAUGAAGUCAUGAUUCACCCCCUGAUGGGUCCGGUCCUUCAGGCAGAGGAGGUGAUCCUCUCCAGCAGGCAAAAAGAUGAAACGCUUGAAACAGAGGAGUUUAAGAGCUUUUUUCUCCAGUCUCUUGAUGGAGAUAUUGUUCUACCAGGAAACGUCCUCUCUCUGACAUACUUUGGCCGAGCCUGCAGCCUCAGAGUGGACACCAUAAGGGGAGAGGACGGACUCUCUCUCCAGCAACCCGCUCCUCCUCUAGGAGCAUCUCCUGACCCUGAGGAGUCUUCCUCGACAGUCUCUGUGCUGGGCUCCAUGUCCGCAGACCUAUCCCUGCAGCUGAGCCUGCUCACUGUGGAGGAUGGUGAUGAAGACGGCGGAUCAGAGGGCACGCCUGGAGAAUCUGAUCCAGCAGCCAGCACGCCUUUACGACCUGGUCACCCCCCUUCAUCCCAUCCUCUCUCUGUUCCUCCCAUAACUCCCACCUGCAAGUCCCAUGAUCCUCCCAUAGAAUCAGGGGAGAGGGUUGUCAAUCUGGACAAUACACUCAGCCCAGAUAAGACAGAGGCGGUCCCUACAGCUCCUCCUGCUGGUGUAAUAAGUACUGACACCUUCUACCGCAUCUCCUGCCACACUAAAGUCAGUUUCAGCCACAAGCAGAGGAGACUAGAGGAGGAGACACAGAACAGCAGGGCCACGGGGUCAAAGGUGAUGUACAGUAUGAUUGGCGGUCUCAACAGCCAAUUAGACGUCAUCAGAGAGACCAUCGAGCUUCCACUCAAACAUCCUGAGCUGUUUUCUAACUAUGGCAUCCCAUCGCCCAGAGGGAUUCUCUUGUAUGGUCCUCCAGGCACUGGGAAGACGAUGAUUGGACGAGCCAUAGCCAAUGAAGUUGGAGCCCACAUGACCGUCAUCAAUGGUCCGGAGAUCAUGAGCAAAUUCUAUGGUGAGACAGAAGCACGGCUCAGACAGAUAUUUGCUGACGCAUCUGAAAGACAGCCUGCCAUCAUCUUCAUCGAUGAGUUGGAUGCCCUGUGUCCUAAACGGGAGGGGGCACAGAAUGAGGUGGAAAAGAGAGUGGUGGCCUCCCUCCUGACCCUGAUGGACGGGAUUGGGUCGGAGGGUCACUCAGGCCAGCUGUUGGUCCUGGGGGCAACAAACCGACCUCAUGCCCUGGACCCUGCCCUGCGCCGGCCUGGACGCUUUGACAAAGAGUUGGAGGUUGGCGUACCUAGCGCAGCGGAGCGUGCAGACAUCUUGCAGAAGCAGCUCAGCUCAGUGCCAUGCAGUGCCACACCGGACGAGCUGACCCGGUUGGCGGACGCCGCCCAUGGGUAUGUCGGAGCAGAUCUUUCCGCUGUCUGCAAAGAAGCAGGUCUGCAUGCAUUGAGGCGAGCUCUGGCAGACAUCCCCCAGCCGUUGGACGGGCAACUGACGGGAAAAGUGACCGUUACCCUGCAGGACCUCCAGUGGGCCAUGUCCGCGGUCAAGCCCAGCGCCAUGCGGGAAGUGGCCAUUGACGUCCCCAAGGUGCGCUGGUCCGACAUUGGCGGGAUGGAGGAGGUGAAGCUGAAGCUGAAGCAGGCAGUGGAGUGGCCCCUGAUGCACCCAGAGGUCUUCACCCGCAUGGGGAUUCAACCCCCAAAAGGAGUCCUUCUAUACGGACCGCCGGGCUGCUCCAAAACCAUGAUUGCUAAGGCCUUGGCUAACGAGAGCGGGCUGAACUUCCUUGCCAUAAAAGGACCUGAACUACUGAGCAAAUACGUGGGCGAGUCAGAGAGAGGCGUGAGAGAGGUGUUCAGAAAAGCGAGGAGUGUAGCUCCUUCCAUCAUCUUCUUCGAUGAGAUUGACGCUUUAGCCAGCGAGAGAGGAAGUUCCUCGGGUUCUGGUGGUGUAGGUGACCGGGUUCUGGCCCAGCUGCUAACAGAGAUGGAUGGCAUCGAGCAGCUCCGAGAUGUCACCGUGCUAGCAGCCACCAACCGACCUGACAUGAUCGAUAAGGCUCUCAUGCGUCCUGGUCGCCUCGAUCGAAUCAUCUACGUUCCGCUCCCUGACGCUCCAACACGAAGGGCGAUCUUUUCCCUUCAGCUCCGCAACAUGCCAGUGGAUGAGGACGUGUGUCUGGACAACCUGGUGGCUCGAACCAACAAGUACUCUGGAGCUGAGAUAGCGGCUCUGUCCAGGGAGGCCGGCCUGCUGGCCCUGCAGGAGGACAUCAAAGCUGAGCGCAUCACAGCCAGACACUUUGACAGCGCUCUGCGAGCCGUGAAGCCCCGCGUGCCCGACUCCCUCAUCCAGUCCUACGCCGACUACCAACGGCAACACGGAGGCCUCGCCUUCUUCUGAGCAGCACCGGCCGUCUCCGGUGUCUCCUGAAGACGUCCCGUGUUGUCAGAAUACAGACUGGGGACAAAGCACAGAACCGCUGGACAAGUUAGGGUCAUGGGCCUUUAGUUGUCAUGGUGGACGGUCAGCAUCAGCCAACAGAUGGUGCAUGUUAGCUGUGAGCGGGGACACGUAGUGAAGGACAGAUCUAAUGUCAAGGUUUCUAUCUGAUGGCUGACUGGACAGCAGAAGGGACGGACUUUAUUCUGUCCACAAGCAGCCAUGGUCAGAAGACAACAACACCCCCACACACUCUCUCUCUCUCUC